CACAAGACGGACAAAAGGCUACACCGCGCAAGACAAAUAAACGGUACUAUCCAAAUAAAAAGGAUAUUCGAAACCACGUAGCAAAAGCAAUAGAGUCCCUUAAGGACUGCAAAGACGAUCAAGAGUCCCUGCGCAGGAAGGUAGAAACCUGGAAACAGAAUUCUCCAAGCAGCAAGUUUUUCUACCGCACAAGAGAUAACGCUUCCAGAAACGAUAUUCCUCCAAAGGAGGAUAAAAAGUUUUUGUUUGUGCAUCAAGAGCAUUGGCAACAACGAAUGUUGAUUCGUUAUGGCGGACAAUUGUGUCUCAUGGACGCCACAUACAAAACAACGAAGUACGCAAUACCGCUUUUCUUUGUGUGCGUUCAUUCAAACGUUGGCUACAAAGUUGUGGCUGAAUUUAUGUGCCAGACGGAGACCGAAGAAGCCAUAGAAGAGGCUCUGGCUAUUAUAAAAGGAUGGAAUCCAGCAUGGAACCCAAAAUAUUUUAUGGUGGAUUACUCAUUAGCAGAAAUAGGCGCGAUAGAAAAAAGUUUUCCGAUGUAUUAUGUUUGCGACUUUCACAGGCUGCAAGCGCUAAAACGGUGGGCUUCAGCAAGCAAGAAUGGAUUGUCAUAUGAACAGCAACAACACUUCCUUCUGCAAAUGAAAAAGAUUGCUAAUGUCAGUACCAAACAGGAGUACGACAAGGCAGUAAAAGAUUUUCGAGAGUCCAAAGUGUAUAAAGAAUGCAGCAAGAUGAGAGAAUAUGUUGACCGUACGUGGUUUUCUUGCGCUGUCAGAUGGGCACACGCUUUUCGAAAACAGCAAGUCACCAACAUUGUUAAUACUAACAAUGGCGUUGUCUUUAAAUACGAAUACUUACCCCAAAGUAUUGACAAAUCUGUGUAUGGUAUUGCGGUGAUGUUGGUUGAAUCUUUCAUUCCCGAUGUUCUUCAGCACUAUUUGGAUGCAAACCUGCGACUGAGCAGCGCCUACUGCAAGUACAACCCAUCAAUCCCAGAAUACUUGCACAACAGACUCCGCACUUUUGAAAUGUUGCCUAAAAAUCGAUACGCUUCAGCCAUUUUCAAACAGGACGACAUAACUCCGGUUAAUUUAAAGAAGGGCACGUUCAAUGUCAAGAGCGAGAGCAAUGUUGGAAAGAAACAUUUCAUAGACUUCCGAGAACCAAGUUGUACCUGCAACAUAUGGCACACUACCCAUUUCCCUUGCAAACAUUUUUUCGCAGUUUUUUCUUUCUAUGACGAGUGGGAUUUCGAAAGUCUUCCAGAAGACUACCGAAAUAGCGUUUUCAUCACUCUCGACAAUGAACCUCUUGGAUUGCCACAAGAUACUACGCCAGAAGAACUAGAGGAAGCCAAUACGUCAUCAUGGAGCACCAUCAAAAGAGACGUUGUUUUGCACGAAUCGUUGUCUUCUGAUAACAAAAAAUAUAUCCACGACACACCCCACGAAGAAACAGUUAAGUUUGAAACUACUUCAAACAAAAGUUCCAAAAGGCUCAGAAAGAUCUUGCAAGAACAACUGGGCCAAAUACACAGUAUGACCUUCCUGAUCGACAACGAGACCACUCUACAAGAAGCAGUGCAAAAAGCUGAAAGCUUGAAACAGUUUCUUGAACAAAACUUUCCCACAGAAAAUGGUUUGCCUCUUCGAUUGAGUCCUGUGAAAAAAAAAGUUAAAGGUUACCGAGACAAAAUACCAUCAAAUCUUUCAUAAGGCCCUACCUCCCAGACGACGCAAGACAAAAAAGUCUACACCAUUUACAAUAGAU